AUGAUAUCUACGGUGGAGCAGACAACGAAGAAGACGCUAUCAAGGCUGCAGUACAAACAAAAAGCUCUGUGUGCAGCAGGCUGCUUCCCGCUUGCCAAAUGGGCUAGCAAUAGCCCACGGUUACUCGCUGAAGUCGCUCCAGAAAAGCAGCUGGAUACACCGCUUAAAGAAAUCAGUGAUGCACCAGUAAAAGUCCUGGGCAUGUACUGGAAUUCACGCACUGACGCUCUCCAGUUCAAGUACACGCUACCGCCAGAUACGCCUAAGACAAAGAGAGCUAUUUUGUCUGAAAUCGCUAAGCUGUAUGAUCCGCUAGGACUUCUCGCACCAAUAGUCGUCAAAGCCAAGAUCUUUAUGCAAAAUCUGUGGCUAGAUAGAGUGUCAUGGGAUGAACAAUUGUCACCAUCACUCAUUCACAAAUGGACUGGAUACCGCGAGGAUCUUCGAAACAUCGAAUCCAUCCGCAUUCCACGCUGGAAUAAUAUAGCACCUGGAGCAACUAUGGAAUUGCACGGGUUCUCAGACGCUUCGCAAAACGCUAUGGCUGCCGCUGUUUAUUUGAGAGUCACUGACGCUGAUGGGAACACAAAGGUCUCACUUUUGUGUUCAAAAACGCAAGUAGCACCACUGAAAACCAUGACAAUCCCACGCUUGGAAUUAUCUGCCGCAUGGUUGCUAACACAACUGAUACUUCAUGUUAAAGAAGUUCAGUCGCUUGAAAAUGUCAGGAUCAAUCUCUGGACUGACUCCGCCGUGACUCUCGCAUGGAUUAAAAGUCCAGCAAUCCGCUGGAAGACAUUCGUCCGCAAUCGAGUGGGAAAAAUCCAAGAAACGCUUCGAGAUAUCUCCUGGAAAUUUAUUCCAGGAAAACAAAACCCCGCUGACUGCGCUUCAAGAGGUAUACCUACGCUAAAACUGAAACAACACGCUCUCUGGUGGCAUGGACCAACUUGGCUUCAUGAACCAGAAUCCUCUUGGCCCACUCUGGAACCUCCAACCGACAACGCAACGCAUCGAGAAGAACGCCAAGGUCUGACACUAGUAACUUGGAAAGCAGAAAAUUGCCUGCUCCAACAAUUACUGUCGCAUUACACGCAGCUAGUUCCACAAUCUUCGCUGGCCUACCCGCUUACUCCAUCAGACCUGGAGCGCGCUAAAUUGACCUUGAUUAAGUUCACUCAAGGACAAUACUUCGCUAGAGAGAUUUACACGCUACAAGAUGGUGAUGGUCUGCCUAAAAAUAACAGCAUCACUAAGCUGACUCCGUUCAUCGACCAUCAGGGGGUCCUGAGAGUCGGUGGCCGCUUGAAAAACGCAUUGCUGGACCCAGAAGAGAGGCAUCCAGCGAUUCUACCGCGACAAUCACCGCUUACAUUAAUUUUGAUUGAUGACUCGCACCGCAAAACGCUUCACGGAGGUACUCAGCUUACGCUCGCUGACUUACGCAAGAGUGUCUGGAUCAUUGGAGGCCGUGUUCCAGUCAGAUCAUUUAUUUUACGCUGCGUUAUCUGCACGCGACACCGUGGAGAACGCGCUCAACAGUUGAUGGGUCAACUACCCGCCGCACGAGUACAGCCAACUCGAGCCUUCUUGCAUACAGGACUCGACUACGCUGGACCUAUCACGCUGAAAACGUUUCAAGGACGUGGAGCAAAAACAUACAAAGGCUGGAUUGCAGUCUUUGUAUGCAUGUUCAGUUCAGCUGUACACUUAGAGCUAGUAACUGACUACACCGCUGCCGCUUUCAUCGCCGCUUAUCGCCGCUUCACUAGUCGCCGAGGUAUCUGCCACACGCUAUAUUCAGACUGUGGAACCAAUUUUGUAGGAGCAGAUAAAGAGCUGAAACGACUAUUCACUGCAGGAUCCCGCACAUUACGAGAAUUAUCAACCUUGAUCGCUCAAGAUGGCACGAACUGGAAAUUCAAUCCGCCUGGAGCUCCACAUUUUGGAGGAAAAUGGGAAGCCGCUGUGAAAUCUAUCAAAUUUCACCUUCGAAGAACUAUCGGAGACUCGCUGUUGACGCUUGAGCAAUAUUCAACGCUACUGGCUCAAAUUGAAGCCAUAUUGAAUUCCAGACCGCUCACACUGCUGAAUGAAGAUCCUGCUGACCUGGCUGUACUGACUCCAGGUCACUUCUUAAUCGGACAGUCACUGACCGCUAUCCCAGAGCCAUCGCUGACAGAUUUACAACCUGCUCGGCUCUCGCACUGGGAACAAGUCCAGCAAAUGGUUCAACAUUUCUGGAAACGCUACUACCAGGACUGCAUCCACCGCUACCAGGCCAUUUCAAAGUGGCAUCAUCGACGCAACCAGAUCAAGGUGGGUUCAGUAGUACUGAUCACCACUGAGGAUCUCCCACCAACCAAGUGGCCAUUAGCCAAAGUAAUUGCUGUCCAUCCAGGUGAAGAUGGACAAAUCCGCGUAGUAACUGUUAAGACAGUUAACACAGAGCUGGUACGUCCAAUUACAAAGCUCUGUGUCCUGCCGCUAACGCAUGAAGAAGAUGAUCUUGUCGACGCAGCCGCCAACCCGGGGGAGAAUGUUCGGUGA